GACGUACUUUAUUCUAGCCUCUAAAUUAGUACGGCCCGGCCAGCUUUAUCGAUUGGCCGUCACCAUCUACAAGGCCACAGUGCCAAUUACGGUUCAAGCUUGUAUUCAGCGGGAUGGCGUGGAAUUAGUCUCCACAUCUAAAGAAUACACGGCUAAUGUUCCAGAUUCUUUGCUUUUAAAGGUACCUCCUACUAGUUUACCUGGGGUGUACAAACUGCGCGUGGAAGGAAACAUGAAUGGAGUGCUGGGAGGAACUGCAUUUGUUAAUCAAACUUUGUUAGAAUUCUCUCAGCGGUCCAUGACUAUCUUCGUCCAGACGGAUAGCCCCAUCUACCGGCAGAAACAGACGGUUCACUUUAGAACAAUUCCAAUCACGACCGACCUUAAGGCGUUUUCUGAUGCUGUGGAUGUUUAUAUGUUAGAUCCAAGGGGAACAAUUAUGAAGAAAUGGCUUUCUCGUCAAACUAACUUGGGGGCUGUGAGCUUAGAAUAUGAACUAUCCGAACAACCUGUUUACGGAAACUGGAUUAUUCGCGUUGUAGCUCAGGGACAAGUCGAGGAAAAGACAUUUCUGGUGGAAGAAUAUUAUCAGCCCCCGUAUGAAGUCAGUAUAAUUAUGCCAGCGUUUUUCAUGAACACCAACGAUUAUAUUCACGGUCACGUCAUUGCAAACUACACAGGGGGAUCGCCAGUGUUCGGAAACUUGACUUUAACAGCAAAGGUGGAGCCGUUAGACAAAGAUGCUAGUAAUUUUGAAAAUCUGGUUCAUCUAUCGCAGAUUCAACAGGUCUUCCAUACCUUUGAAGGUUCGACUUUCUAUCGAUUCAACAUGCGAGAACUGGUCCAUCUUGUUUCAAAGUUAGAGACACCGAAAGUUUUAGUGACGGCUUGUGUUGGUGAAACUCUGUUAGACCGAGUUCAAUGUGGAUUUGCCGAAACCGUCGUCUUUAACUCCAGUAUCAAAUUAAAGUUCCUUGGCUCUUUCCCUCAGGUCUUCAAGCCGGCUAUGCCUUUCAAAGCUUAUCUUGCUGUAUCCUACCGUGAUGGGUCAGAACUGCCACCGUGGCGCUUGUCCAGUCAAAAGCUAGAUAUCAUGCCUACUUUGACCAUGAAUAAUGGAGGUUCUCAAAAACUAGACAUCAAGCACGAGCUCGUAUCGCCCGUGCGUCCUGGACUUUGGGAAUUGGAGGUGGACCUACGAACAGAACUAGGAGGAAAAACACUAUUAAACAGCAUUAAGUCUCUUAGUGUAGAGGCCCGUUACAAAGAUGAGACAGGAGAAAUGGCCAAAGCUAAUCUUCUUGUUUAUGCCUCGUACUGUCCAACUGAACGUCAUCUUCAGGUGGUUACCAGCACUAAACACCCAAAGGUCGGUGAAUUCAUAAUUCUCCACGUUAGGGCGGAUUAUUUUGUAGGAAAUUUCUCAUACGUGGUUAUUUCCAAGGGAACUAUUCUGUUAGCUGGGCAGGAAGAAAUGACUUCGAGCAUUAAAACAUUUGCAGUAGCUCUGUCUCCAGAAAUGGCGCCUACUGCUACUAUUGUUAUUUACCAUAUUGCCCGAGGGGGCGUGGUUGUUGCUGAUAGCUUGACGUUUCCAGUAGAUGGAUUUUCCAGGAACAAUUUCACUGUGAGCUUGACGAAGACCAACACGACAAAUGAGUCUGUGGAAGUGACUGUUAGUGGUCAUCCUGGAACGUACGUGGGCAUGGCAGCAGUUGACCAAACACUGUAUAGGAUGCAGACCGGCAGUGAGCUCAACCAUGGCGAUGUGUUAUACAAAAUGACGACAUUUGACGAAUCUGCCAACGGAACUCUCAUGCACGUCCUUCACUCCAGAGAGGGAGAACCUGAUGAAGUCAUUCAAUUUCCAGCUUCAACUUAUGGUAUUGACACCAAUCGAAUUUUUGAGUUUUCUAACUUGAUCGUCUUUACCGAUGCCAACGUUACCAGGCGACCAGAUCAAUGUAAUAUCAGUCGGGGGUUUGUACCUUGCAUGAACGGUAUGUGUUAUCCGAUCAGAAAACGCUGUGAUGGACAGUGGGACUGCAAAGAUGGAUCUGAUGAAAGUGGAUGUCCUCCCAAGGAUGAGUUUAACAUGCGACACUACAGGUUAAACCGUUUCAGUCGGCUGAUGCAACUUUACAAAAAUUCAUGGUUGUGGAAAGACAUCAUCAUUGGUUCUCAAGGAUACCAGACUUUUCACGUUCCUUUAUCCAACGUUCCGACUAACUGGGUCGUUACUGCUUUUGGAAUGAGUAAAAACACUGGUUUUGGAAUACUCCGACCUGCAUUACAG